UUUGCAAAAAUAUCAGACAAAACAGUAAUAUUAGACAAACAAAUAAAGUAGCAAAUAAUGGGCUCGAGGGUUUCGGCUUCCUUCUUCAUUUUCUUGAUCGCCACGGUCAUCACAUUGCCACCAACGAUCCAAGCUUGCACUCCUUGCACUCACCCUCACCCUCCUGUCCCGAAGCCUCCACAUCAAGGUGGUGGUGGUGGUGGCGGCGGCGGUGGUGGAGGCGGUGGCGGUGGCGGUGGAAAACCGCCACAUCACGGUGGAAAAGGUGGUGGGCCGCCGCAUCAUGGUGGUGGUGGUGGUGGGCCACCGCAUCAUGGUGGAGGGACAUCACCGCCGUUUGUUAGACCUCCUCCGGUGGUUUAUCCACCACCAGUGGUGAGGCCACCGCCUAUCUCAAGACCUCCUCCGGUCGUCUAUCCACCACCAAUGGUAAGACCUCCUCCGGUCACAACUCCUCCAGGAAUUCUCCCUCCGAUCAUUAACCCACCUCCGGUCACAACUCCUCCAGGAAUUCUCCCUCCAAUCACAACACCUCCAGGACUUCUCCCUCCGAUCAUUAACCCACCUCCGAUCACAACUCCACCACCAUCCUCUGGUUAUCCACCGUAUCAUGGUGGUCCACCUUCCGGAGGAGGAAGUGCUCAACCAACGUGUCCGAUCAACGCAUUGAAGCUUGGAGCUUGUGUUGACGUUUUGGGAGGUUUGAUUCAUAUUGGACUUGGAAAUCCAGUGGAGAAUGUGUGUUGUCCAGUGUUACAAGGGUUACUUGAGUUAGAAGCAGCCGUUUGUCUUUGCACAACCAUAAGACUUAAGCUUCUCAACUUAAACAUCUUCAUUCCUCUUGCACUUCAAGCUCUCAUCACUUGUGGAAUCAAUCCUCCUCCUGGUUUUAUCUGCCCUCCUCUCACUUGAUAACAAACAACGUACGAUAUAUCAAGGGUUUCGAGGCUUUUGAAUAAUCUAAAUAUUUAUAUUUGUGUUCCUUUUGUUGAAGAUCAGUUUUUUUUAUUGUCUAGGGUUUUAACAAGUGCUGUUUUUAAUUUGUUGUCCGUUGUCGUUGUUGUGAUGAUUCAGCUAGGGUUUUUGCGUGGGUCUUCUUUGAGUUGUUUGCUGUAAUCUUUCAUUUUGUUUUGCAUCUAUUUGAAUCUUUAAUCUUAUUAAGAAAACCUUGCGAGACUUA